GGAAGUGAAACGAGCGAUCACGUGCCGUCUGAUAGGCGCAGUUCAAGAUGGCGGCUCCUACCCGAUGGGGUUUUCUCGGAGCUGGCUUGAUAACCAACGACUUUGUUGUUGCAAUGAGAACUCUGCCGGGACUGGACCAUAAGAGGGUUGCUGUAGCAUCUCGCGAUCUUCUCAGAGCCCAAGAGUUCUCAUUAAAGCACGAUAUUGAACGAGCGUAUGGUUCUUACAAGGAACUGGUUGAAGAUUCGGACGUGGAAGUUGUCUAUAUUUCUACAGUUAACUCGACUCACAAAGAGUUGUGCAUUCUUGCCCUUAAUCACGGAAAACAUGUCAUAUGCGAAAAGCCAAUAACGCUUAACUUGAAGGAGGCACAAGAGGUUUUUGCACUGGCGACGACAAAAGGGUUAUUUUGUAUGGAGGCUGUUUGGACACGUUUUUUUCCACUGUACAUCCAACUCCAGAAACAACUGAAGUGCAAGGAUACCAUUGACACCAUCUUAGGGGAUGUGAAGUUUGUCCAGGCUUAUUUUGGAAUAUCUGCAAUGUCUGUUCAACGAGUGCUUGAUCCAAAUCUAGGUGGUGGUGCUUUACUGGAUGUAGGAAUCUACUGCCUAACCUUGAUUGAUAUGGUAUACGGAGGGGAAAUGCCAGAGAGCAUUUGUGCUAGUGGGGCAAAGACCAAGAGUGGAGUUGACAAGACAGUUUGUGUUAGUAUGAAGUAUAGCAAUGGAAGAAUGGCCCAGUUUACAGCAUCAAUAGAUGUCCCUUUACCAAACACUGGCUUGAUAUCAGGAACUAAAGGCAGUAUCAAUAUAUGCAGCCCCUUCUGGUCAUCAGAAAAGAUCAUGUUUUCAGAUGGGUCUGUUGAAGAUUAUCUGCUGCCCCCAUCUGUGAUGCCAUUAAACUUCAAAAAUAGCACAGGAAUGAGGUAUGAGAUUGAGGGCGUGAGGGAAUGCCUACUUGCUCAUCAAGCUCAAAGUCUUGUCAUUCCCCAUUCAACCACAGAACGUAUUCUUGGAUACAUGGAUGAGAUCAGAAAGCAAAUUGGUGUAGUAUUUCCCAAAGAUUAGAAUAGAGUAACACUCAGAGCAGCGGUAUACAGCAUUAAUUUAUUAUCUUUGUUAAAAAAAAUUCUACUGAGCCACUUUAUAUAACUGUAUUAUCUACAAGGAAUUACUGUAUGGCUUAACCUAGAAAAUAUAUUUACAUCACAGGAACAAAAAGUAUGGGAUUGGUAAGAAAUGACUGCUGUUAAUUAAUCCAUUCCUUGGUGAGCUCUCAUAGAAAUCUUUAAUAGGUGAUUGAUGGAGGGCUAAAAGAUUAUUCAAAUCAGUAAAAUUGGCCUCACUCUUGGUUCUCAGGCUUUAACAAAAUAGCUACAAGAGAUAAUUAUAUGCUAUGCUCUGCUAAUCUCAGUUACUGACCUCUAUACUUUUCUCCGCAACAUUUUAAGCUUUGAUUUUGCCACCAAGAUCCCUUAAGAAGUUUUCUCUUGUUUUAGUAAGUAGCAGGUUUUGACAACUUAGUAGGCUUCUACAACAACAUCUUAGUUUGCCUUGUUAUUGAAAAACUAAGCUAUUUUUUUUCUUUAACAAUGAAAAAUGAAAAGGCACAAAAACACAGUUGUGAUAAUUAUUUAAAACCAGCUUCAGCACAAUAUUAUGUAUUCACCAUAAAAAGGGUUUUCCUAGAUGGCUUGGAAUAAAAUGGUUUAUGAUGUCAUGACAAUGGGAGAGUGAUGGUGUUAUUGUAUAAAUUAGGCUAAUGCAGCUAAAAAUAAACCUGAAAUGCGACUCCCACCUGUUCAAACCAUCAUUUUGUGUGUUAGCGAUAUACAUACAGGAUGGGAUCUCAAUGGUUGCAUAUUUUGUUUUCAGGCCCCAUCAAGUGAUGGUAUUCUAUUUAAUUUCUUGAAUACGCUAAAUUUACUAUUUCAAUUCUUACUGAUUUUAGUUGCCUAGCUAAAUCUCAUCUCAAGAUAUCACUUUAGUGAAGUUUGCAGGAAAAACGCCUUUUAUUCUUGUUGAAUCCAGUAUUCCUAAUAGCCACCCUUCAUCCUGUAAUAAAGUGGGGAAAAUGAUACAUGAGAAGGUGCAUCUUUUAUUUGCUUUAUUCCUUAUUUCAAGGGAAACAGAAAUGUUCUACCACGGGAUGGAGAUUAUUACGAAAAUAAACCACUUUGUUAUGCAA